GCAGGCGGAUGUGUCUGUCAGGAGGAGUGACUGUGUGUGGAGAGCUCCGAGGUGACAUCGGGCAGAGAGCGGCUGGGAACAUCUAGGGUCCACGGGGAUAACUGUGCUGAACGAUUCCACAAUGAACCACAGUCAUCACACAAUGACCACAUCUGAUCCUCAUGCAGGUCACCAACACCCAACCACUGCUGAUCCUCAUGCAGGUCACCAACACCCGACCACCGCUGGACAUGGCCCUGGACAUGGCAGUGGUGGAUGCAUGCAUAUGAUGCCGAUGUCCUUUUACUUUGGAUAUGAAAAUGUAGAACUUCUGUUCAGCGGAUUGGUGAUUAAUUCAGGAGGAGAAAUGGCUGGAGCUUUUGUGGCAGUAUAUCUGAUGGCCAUAUUGUACGAGGGGCUUAAGAUUGCUCGGGAAGCCUUGCUCAGGAAGUCACAAGUCAGCAUCCGUUAUAACUCCAUGCCAGUGCCAGGACCCAAUGGGACCACCCUGAUGGAAACUCACAAAACUGUUGGACAACAGAUGGUAAGCCUGCCUCACGUCUUCCAGACUGCCCUGCACAUCAUCCAAGUGGUGGUCAGCUACUUCCUCAUGUUAAUAUUCAUGACUUACAAUGCCUACCUGUGCAUCGCGGUGGCGGCCGGAGCUGGAACUGGCUACUUCCUCUUCAGCUGGAAGAAGGCUGUGGUGGUGGAUAUAACCGAGCACUGCCAUUAACAAGUCUCCGCGGUUUAGGCAAUGGGACAUCUAGUGGCGCUGAUUAAUCUCUCAUCACUCCUCUUUCUAAGAGGAUAAAUAUUUUUGUAAUAAACUCCCGUAUUGCCUUUUUUUUUAUUAUUUCUGCCUCUUUACGUGAUGUAGUUUGAUGUCUGCAAAACGGCAGGCGUUGUCUUUCCAUGGGUUCAUUCCUAAUCUGGUGACCCAACUCUUGAUUACUUAUAGGACUUUUUACAGGGGACCUUUGACAUUUCUCCUAGAACACCAGCUGCCAGACCAGAGCUGCAUCCAGUUUACAUUCCC